AUGGCUCUCGAGCGAAUUGGCUCCAUCGUGAAGCACCUGGCCCCAGGUAGCGCCAUCAACCAAAUCCAGUCCAAGAACCCCGACGACAUCGUCAUCACGUUAGCCAUCCGCACCCCGCUGGCCAAGGCCAAGAAGGGCGGCUUCAAGGACACGACCCUCGAGUACAUGAUCUACGCCCUCCUCAAGGAGGUCCGCGAGCGAUCCAAGAUCGACCCUGCCCUGGUAGAGGACAUUUGCAUGGGAAAUGUCUCCGACGGUAAGGCCGCCUACAAGCUCCGCGCCGCCGCCCUCGCGGCCGGCUUCCCCAACACCGCCGGCGCCUCCUCCGUGAACCGCUUCUGCUCCUCGGGCCUCAAGGCCACCGCCGACAUCGCGCACGCCAUCACCACCGGCUCCAUCGAGGUCGGCGUCGCCCUCGGCGCCGAGAGCAUGAGCAUCGGCGGCGACGCCCUCGACCAGCCCUUCGACGAGGCCGUCGUCAGCCAGUCCCAGGAGGCCGCCGACUGCAUGCAGCCCAUGGGCUGGACCUCGGAGAACGUCUCGAGCGACUUCGGCAUCUCCCGCGAGGAGAUGGACAAGUACGCCGCCGAGAGCUUCCAGAGGGCCGAGAAGGCGCAGAAGGAGGGUCUCUUCGACGACGAGAUCGUGCCCAUCAAGACAAAGAUCGUCGGCCCCGACGGCGAGACGAAGGAGGUCACGCUCACCAGGGACGAGGGCAUCCGGCCCGGCACCACCGCCGAGAGCCUGGGCAAGAUCCGCGCCGCGUUCCCGCAGUGGGGUCCUACUACCACCGGAGGCAACGCCAGUCAGGUCACUGACGGAGCUGCCGCUGUCCUCCUGAUGAAGCGCUCCACCGCCGUCAAGAUCGGCCAGCCGAUCCUGGCCAAGUACGUCGGCUCCACCGUCGCCGGCCUGGCCCCGCGCAUCAUGGGCAUCGGCCCGUCCGUCGCGAUCCCCAAGCUGCUCGCCCAGCACAACCUCACCCUCGCCGACAUCGACGUUGUCGAGAUCAACGAGGCCUUCUCCAGCAUGGCCGUCUACUGCCGCGACAAGCUGGCCCUGGACUGGGCCAAGAUGAACCCCCGCGGCGGCGCCGUCGCCCUGGGCCACCCUCUCGGCGCCACCGGCGCGAGACAGAUCGUCACUGGUCUGAGCGAGCUGCGCAGGACGAAGAAGAAGAUCCUCUUGACUAGCAUGUGUAUCGGCACGGGCCAGGGCAUGGCUGGUUUGUUUGUCAACGAGGUUGUAUAA